AUGACAGACGGUCAGAGUGACGAUCAGGCAGCACCAGUGGGGAGUACAGCCCCAGUGGUCGGUGCUGAUACGCUUUCACAGUUUGCUUCACUUGUUGCUCAGAUGAUGAGCGAGACUCAGAGCAGAACUUCGACUGUUAGAUCUGAGGACAUUGAUCGACACCUGCAGUUAUUUUUGAGGUUGAAGCCUCCGAGGUUUGAGGGCGCUGUUGAGCCCAGAGCAGCCGAGGAGUGGCUGAGGAGAUUGGAGAAGACUUUUGACGGGAUGCAGUGUCCUGCAGACAGGAAAGUUCCGUUAGCUGUUUUUCUGUUGGACGGUGAGGCUGAGCACUGGUGGGAUGGCCAGCAAGCAGCCAGAUUUCAGGGCAGAUUGAACUCUUUGAUUACUUGGGAGGAGUUCACCGAAUACGAGGCUGAGUUUACUGCAUUAGCCAGGUACGCUCCGCAGCUGGUUAGCACGUCUGCUGAGAGGUGCUACAGAUUUCUGAGAGGCUUACGAGACACUUUGAGGCAGCCUCUGAUACCGUUCCGGAUUACUGAUUUCUCUGAGCUUGUGGAGCGAGCUCGUCUGAUUGAGAAUGACAUGACGGCUACUCAGCAGCGGUGGACUGCGAGUAGGAAGAGGUUUGGAGGAGAGACAUCUGGCAGUGGUUCCUCUGGGAAGAGGAGAUUUGUUCCUGGAUCUGGAUCUGGAGAUUCCAGGAAGAGCGGAGGAUCGUCUGGUACUGCUACCAGUACGACUAGUUCUGGAUCUGUCAGUACGGCACCUGUGUGCCAGAGUUGUGGACGGCGACACCAUGGCCAGUGCUACAGGAUAGCUGGUCUUUGUUUCAGAUGUGGUCAGCCGGGACAUAGGAUUGCAGAAUGUCCGCAGAUGGGAUUUGAUCAGCGUUCUGAGCAGCGAUCUGAGGGCUUUGUCAGACCUGUUGGUUCAGCAGCAGGAAGACCGAGGACUGUUCCUCCUCGCCCUGAGGGAUUUGCUUGA